CACAGCCCGGAAGAGCGCAGCGCGAGCCGCACAGCAGCGCCUCGCCUUUGUCGACUGUUUCUUGCAUUUUUCUUUAAUAUACUAUAGAUAUAUUUACAUAUAUAAAUUUAAUUUGAUUUACUGAUUAAAUAUUGUUUGGUUUUGUAAUUCCGCGCCUCGCGCGCCGCAGAGUCACUUCGCUUUUUAUCGCUGUUUUCGCGGGUUUCGCUCGCGCGCGCGGCGCCCAAACUCACCUGUCGGAGGCGAAACUUGGGCCGAAAGAAAGAAAGAAAGAAAGAAGGAAGAGAGAUAGGAACAGGACCGAACCGAGACGAACGGGACUUUAUGUGCGCUUUGAAAAUAUAGUUUUUUUUGUUUUUUUUUUUUUCCCUCCCCCUGUUUUACAGUAACUAACUUACUGAGGAAAAAGUCUGAAAAAAUGGACCCGCUGGAGUCGGGAAUGCGGUACAGCCCGAAACGGCAGGAUCAGUGGGAAACUUCUGUCCAGUUCCUCCCUGCCAGCAACUCUAAAGCCCUGGAGAAGAGAGGCCCCGGGAGGAAGAUCACCCUCAUCAUCCUUGUUGUCGUCUUCUUGGCCAUCAUUGCUCUAAUUACUGGGCUCCUGGUCUGGCACUUGCGUUACCGUAACAGAGUGAAAGUGAGGAAGGUGUACAGUGGCUCCAUGAGGAUCACCAACGAGGAGUUCCAGGACUAUUAUGAAGACCCUUCAAGUCCCCAGUUCAGGAAUCUGGCCACCGAGGUCUUAAAUCAGCUGAAGAGCACCUUCUCAGGAACAUCAAUGUAUAAAUAUUACAAGAACUCCACCGUGCAAGCCUUCAGCGAAGGUGGCUCCCAGAGCGUGCUGGUCUACUACCUGUCGGAGUUCAACGUGCCUGCAGACAAGGAGCAGGACUUGGAUAAGAGCAUGACCUCCAUGGCCCAGAAUGCGGAGCAGAGCCGCAGCAGGAAGAUCAAAACCCUGCGUUUCGAGAACGUGCUCUCCUCAGCUGUGGACUCGCGCAUGACCAGGAUGACCAUCCAAGAGCGACAGAGUUUCUCGUACCACUGCCAAAGCGGCCAGGUGAUCACCCUGCAGUCCCCCGGUUUCCCCGACUCGCCGUACCACGCCAACUCGUACACGGAGUGGCUGCUGCGGGCCGACCCGAAUCACCGCAUCAAGGUGGAGUUCGACACCUUCAGUCUGGAGAACGACUGCGGCAAGGACUUUGUCAGAGUUUACGAUUCCCUUGUUGCCCUCGAUAAGCAACUCAUGGCAGAGAAAUGUGGGGUGUACCCCCCCAGCGAGCCCCUGUCGUUCAUCUCCUCGGGCAAUGUCAUGCUGCUCACGAUGGUCACCAACGAGGAUAAAAACUUCCCCGGUUUCAGGGCACAGGUCUCGCAGAUCCCUUCACAGAUUCCUGGGUGUGGUGGAGCCCUGACGGGGAACAGCGGAUCUUUCGCAACACCCAACUUCCCCUCUUAUUACCCCCCUCUCAUAAAUUGCACCUGGAGUAUCCAGGUUCCGGACGGGAAGUACGUCAAAGUGCAGUUCAAGAAGUUCCUCAUGUCUGAGCCUGGACAGAGUUACAGCACCUGCAAGAAGGACUUUGUGCAGAUUGGCUCAACCAAGCUUUGCGGUGAGAAGUCGCCCAGCACGGUGGUGUCCGUGCAGUCCAACAAGAUGGACGUCCUGUUCAGCUCGGACAUGUCCUACGUGGACCGUGGUUUCUCCGCCGAGUUUGAGGCCUUCGAACCUACAGAUCCCUGUCCGGGGACGUUCCAGUGCAAGAACAAUAUGUGUGUCGAUUCCAACCUGAGAUGUGACGGCUGGAACGACUGCGGGGACUACAGCGACGAGAUGAACUGCAAAUGUACAAACGCGCAGAUCAAGUGCAAGAACGGCCUGUGCAAACCCAACUUCUGGCAGUGUGACAGCGUCGACGACUGCGGCGACAACACGGACGAGGAGAACUGCGGAGCGUGCAGAAACCCCGAGGACUUCACGUGCCAGAACGGUAACUGCGUUUCGCAGAGGAAGAAGUGCGACGGCCAGAAUGACUGCGGAGACAGUUCGGAUGAAAUUAGCUGCUCCAGAGUGAGCGUGGUGCCGUGCACAGAAGUCUCGUACAAGUGUAAGAACACCCAGUGCAUCAACAAAGAGAAUCCCGAGUGUGACGGGGUGAAGGACUGCGAGGACGGCUCGGACGAGGCCAACUGCGAAUGCGGCACUCGGCCCUACAAGAGCUCGCGCAUCGUGGGGGGCCAGGCGGCGGUGGAGGGCGAGUGGCCCUGGCAGGUGAGCCUCCACAUCAAGGGCUCCGGACACGUGUGCGGGGCCUCCGUCAUCGACGAGCGCUGGCUCGUCACGGCAGCGCACUGCGUGCAGGACUCCGGCCAAACGAAGUACUCUCAGCCGCAGGUGUGGGAGGCCUACUUGGGUUUGCACAUCCAGGGAAAGAUGGGUGAGGACACUCAGAAGAGAAGCCUGAAGCGCAUCAUCGCGCAUCCCUACUACAACGACUACACGUACGACAAUGACAUUGCCCUCAUGGAGCUGGACAGCGCUGUGACGCUGGGCCACAGCGUGUGGCCAAUCUGUCUGCCGGCGGAGACGCACAACUUCCCGGUGGGCGAAAAUGUCUGGAUCACUGGCUGGGGUGCCACACGCGAGGGGGGCUCCGGUGCAUCGAUCCUGCAGAAGGCCGAAGUCCGCACCAUUAACCAGACGGUGUGUAACGAUCUGAUGAGUGGACAGAUCACGUCCCGUAUGAUCUGCGCUGGUGUGCUGACCGGAGGUGUGGACGCGUGCCAGGGAGACUCGGGGGGCCCCCUGUCGGCCCCGGGUGCUCAAGGACGUCUGUUCCUGGCCGGGGUGGUGAGCUGGGGUGAUGGCUGUGCCCGCCGGAACAAGCCGGGCAUAUACACGCGGGUCACCAAGUUCCGCAGCUGGAUCAAGGAGAAAACGGGAGUCUAGUGGGUGUCCGGUAUGAAAGGUGGAGGAGAAGCUCAGGAGCCAUUACUCAGUUGACUGGAUGAAGAGGAGUGCAACUUCGAGAACUUCAGUAAAGAAACAUCUCUUCGCUGUUUGAGCCAAAAGGCAAUCUGGACUCCUAGUUUAAAAUGUUGGGCAAAAUAAUUUCUACAGUACCCCGGCUUUUUAUACUGCCCUCCUCCACUUCCGACCUCCUCAGAUGACCAGUGAACGCCAAGGGUCCCUCUAUGAACAAUAACCUCGAGGGAAACGAUGACUAUGGUUACAGACGUCGCCACAAAUCCAUCCUCUGUUUAGCAGUCCCUGUCAGUAAAAAUGUGUUUGGGGUGUGCAGCUCAUCUUGAGUAUCUGUACCAUUAAAUUUAUGUAGGAAGGGAAAUCCUCUCCUGCAGCAUGAAGGUUCUGGGCCCAUAAUCGUACUUUGUUGCUUGGCUCUCGCGGAAGAUGCGUGCUGUUCUUUCCGAUUUUCAUUUUAUAUAAUUUCAUCCUUUAGAAAAUCAAGGACUCAGGAUCAAUAAAAUAAUUUUGUCCCAGCUUUUUUUUUUUUUUUUUGUUCCAAAGAGCAUUAGAUGUAUGAUUGAAUGAAUGCUUUGUAAAAUGCCACUGUGUAUCGUGACUGUUCCUCUUUUUUUUUUUUUAAAGAUUUUAACGUUUUUAUGAAUUGUUGAAUAGUUACGUUUAAUUUUAGCUUGCUACUGACCUCAUUUGAAGUAGGAACCAAACAGGAAUGACACAAUAAUGUAAUAAAGAGUAGGAAAUUCAAAUCUAAGUGUACUUUAUGCUAUUUAAGAAGUGGACUCAUGGGUUACUGCAGCAGUGGCUCCCCUGGUUCCACCACGGAAGGGCCAACGCUGAACUGGAUCAGCCUGUGUGAGAAAGUGGACCCUCUGUGCCUGUGACCUAAAGCUUCUGAAUAUGCAGGAAAUGCUCGCGUGAUCCGAUGAACGACGCGCCACUGUGUUCAUGUGCUCUAGGGGUUCCCGCAUGAAUCCUGGAUCACCUUGCACGCGUUGUACAGAAAAAAACUCCUCUGGUUACUCAGGAAACGGUUCCUAAAGCCUGUGCUGUUUGUGUUGGGGUUUUUUUCCUCUUUGGUUUUACCAGAAAAGUUAAAUGAUAAUUUAGCAAAUAGCAUUACAAAUUGAAAUGGUGACUUUUUUGAAACUUUUUUUUUUCUUUUUUUCUAAAACGACUGCUGCGGUGUCUGAAUGGGCUCUCUAUAGCCGAUUUAGACAUCGUCACCAUGAGGUUUGUAGCACAAAUAUCACCCCCUGCUCGCAGAAAUCAGCAAAGGGUUUCCUAGAUUUGUGAUAUGGCUUUGCACUUGAGACUACAAUUCUGGUUUUGCGUGCUUCCCCCCCCCCUCCUCCUCCUCCACCUACUGGGAUCUGAGUGUAUGUGAGUAACAUUGCAGAGAGAGAGGUUUCAUCUGAUUUAGUCUAUAGUGUAUUUAAAUAUAUGAAUGUAAAUGUACAUGGAUGCACAGACUUGUGUAAAUUUAAUCUGUUUAUUCAAUGAACAUGUAAAUUGUAUGUACUGUAUAUAUGUCUUUAAUGUAGCCCACGGCUUAAGGGUGUAAUUUGCAAGUGCUCGUGUGGUUGCUAAAUGAUACCUCUGGUAGUAAAAAUGGAGCCUCAACAGAACCUCAAAUAUUUAAAUUUGAGACCAGAUGUCAAAUAUGGAAAACUAAAGUGCUUUUGGCUACUCGUGUGUACUGGCCCAGAAAGACCAAUUUGUUUCAAGGUGGAUGUUUAUUGUCGGAGCCCACGUGAUUGUAGCAUACUGAGCGGAUAGGUUUAUCUUUGUUGUGCCUCCUUUUUUUUUUUUUUUUAUUUGUAAUACUUAGAAAUGUGUUUGUUCAGUUUUAUACACGUGAGUUUGUGGGGCUUUUUGGAUUAUCACACUGCUUUGUCAUCCUUGCAGGCUUUUGUCUCAAGUGUGUACGCAGGCAUGCUGUGAUUUAAGUAAUAGGAACUUUACUUUCCUCAAAAUGAGGGGUUGGUGUUCCCGAAAUGUGCCUUAUUUCAGAGGGACUCGCUUUUGUGGUCUCAAACUUCUCUCGCUAUUGUGUAUGGAAUG